AUGUUUGUUGCGAUUUUGUUUGUCGGGAUAUUACGGGGAUGUCACGCCGUGAACAAUCACGAUUUAAUUAAUAACGAUUUAAAACUAAUGAAUUCCGAAUUGGGUAAAUUAAAUUCAUUAACCGGAUACGUUUCGUGGAAAUUAUCAACGGAACCAUCCGAAGAAUUUACAUUAAAAUUAAUCAAACUCGGAGGAAUACAAAUAAAUUGGCAUUUUGAUUAUUAUUAUCAAUUCAGACAAUUUUAUUUAUUGUGUAGGGGUCCUAAUUAUAAUUUGGAUGAAAGCAGAAAAUUAAUGAAAGUUUUGGGAGAAUUAGAAACGAUUUACGAAACGAGCCAAGUUUGCAUAUCCUCUGGUAUCUGUUUAAGAGGAGAACCGGAUUUGGAAAGAAUUAUGACGAAAUCAAGAGAUCCAAACGUUCUUUAUUGGGCUUGGGUCGAAUGGAGGAAUAAAGUUGGACCACCAUCGAGAACUCUUUAUCCUACAAUGGUUAAAUUAUUAAAUCGUGGAGCUAGAAACGGAGGUUACAACGAAAUCGGUGAAUGUUGGCGCGAAGAAUUAGAAAUGGAUAAUUUAGAAUUGAUUGUAGAAAAUUUAUAUAAUGAAAUCGAACCUUUGUAUAAAGCACUUCACGCUGUCGUAAGGUAUAAAUUAAAUAAAUUCUACGGUAACGAUUUGAUAUCACUCUAUGAACCUCUUCCGGCGCAUCUGUUGGGAAAUAUGUGGGCGCAAAAUUGGGGAUCUUUAUUAGAUAUAAUAACGGAUUUCAAUAAAGAAUACAGUCUCACUUAUUAUUUACAAAAAAGAAAUUACACGGUUGUCGAUAUGGUUAAAAAAGCAGAAGAUUUUUACGUUUCCAUCGGAUUCAAACCUAUGACUCCGGCAUUUUGGAAAUAUUCGAAAUUUAAUAAAAAUGCUGAAAACGGUUCGACUUGUCACGGCACGGCUGCCAACAUGUUUCAACCGGGAGAUUACAGGAUAAUUUUAUGCGCGGAAAUAAACGAAGAAGAUUUUUCUGUUAUACAUCACGAAAUGGGUCACGUGGCUUAUUACAUGCAAUAUGAAAACUUACCAGCUAUUUUUCAGGACGGAGUGAAUUCAGCUUUUCAAGAAUCCAUCGGUGAUGCCAUCAUGUUAGGUGUUACUUCACCUCCUCAUCUUAACAGAUUAGGUUUACUCGAAGAAAUAAAUAAUAAUCCCGAUUUAGAAAUAAAACUUUUGCUGUAUCAGGGACUUAAUAAAAUCCCACAAAUCCCGUAUGCGUUACUUUUGGAAAAAUGGCGUUGGAACGUAUUCAAGGGUGAAAUUUCACCCUUAAAUUAUAAUUCUGCUUGGUGGGAAUUGAGAGAAAAAUAUCAAGGAGUAAAAUCACCAUCGAAAAGAAGCGAAAAAAAUUUCGAUCCUUCUGCUAAAUUUCACAUAAACGAUAACAAACCUUACAUAAGGUAUUUCCUGAGCAGCAUAUUACAAAUGCAAUUGUUUGAAGCCAUGUGUAAAGCAUCAAUAUACGGAAACGAUUAUUUUAAUAAAACUUUACCGAUACCUUUGCAUAAAUGCGACAUUUACGGUUCUACAACGUCGACGAAAAAUUUAAGAAAAAUGAUGUCGCUCGGUAGUAGCAUAACCUGGAAAGAAGGUCUUAAAAUGGUCACAGGUACGAACGAAUAUUCGGCUCGUCCACUUUUACAAUAUUAUCAACCCUUAUACGAAUGGUUAUUAAAAAUGAUAAGAAAUUAUAAUAUACCUGUCGGUUGGAUUAAAAUAUAA